UUACGGCAAAAACUUGACCUGUUUGAAGACAUAAAUAGUUAUGUAGAUAAUGUCAAAAAGACUUUAACAUUAAAAAAACAACAAUGGCAAAAUACUCUUGCAUCAGAAAAAAUAGGUAGCAUAACGCGCCAUAUUGAAGAAAUAAAAGCGUUUGAGAAAAAGCAAAAAAUUUUGAUUGAAACCGUAGAUAAAGAAAAAAAAGAAAUUCACGAUUUGCAAACAGAAGUCUCAGAUUUGAAAACUGAAGAGAACACGAUUAAUGAACGUAAAAAUUUUUUAGUGAUGCAAAUAGACGCCAUGAAAAAAGAAAUCCAAAGGCAACGCGAUUGUAAAGUUCUUAUGAAGUUUAAUAUUGGAAUAUUUAAAAAUGAUCCAUCACAACCAUGUUCAUUCACUCUCGAUGUCGGAGAAACAAUUUACACAGAUCAGAUAGAGGAGUUAGUGACGCGAUUAAAUGAAUCACGUGACUUUUAUACUUUUGUGAAAAGAAUGAGACAGGCUUUUCGUAAGCAAGCUCAACA